GUCAGGGUCCUGAGGAGGUGGCGCUGGGCGGGAACCGCUCCUGGGAACAGCCAGGCCUGCGUGGGUCGGAGCCCACGGUUCUUGUUGAAAUCUGUUAAUUCUAAUUUUUGAACACUUAUGAAUAACCACGCAUCUUCAAAACCAUCUACCAUGAAGCUAAAACAGACCAUCAACCCUAUACUUUUAUAUUUCAUACGUUUUGUAAUAUACGUCUAUACUAUUUUAACAUACAUUCCAUUUUACUUUUUAUGUGAGUCAAGACAAGAAAAAUCAAACCAAAUUAAAGCAAAGUCUGUCAAUUCAGAACCGGAUUCUGCAUACAGAUCUAUUGACAGCUUGGACAGUUUGGCUUCAGUUUUGUACCCUGGCUGCAAUACACUUGAUAAAGUCUUUCUGUAUGCAAAAAAUAAAUUUAAGGACAAGAGACUAUUGGGAACGCGUGAAAUUUUGAAUGAGGAAGAUGAAAUUCAACCAAAUGGAAAAGUUUUUAAAAAGGUUAUUCUGGGGCACUAUAAUUGGCUUUCCUAUGAAGAUGUCUUCACUCGAGCCCUUGACUUUGGAAAUGGAUUGCAGAUGUUGGGCCAGAAACCAAAGACCAACAUCGCCAUCUUCUGUGAGACCAGGGCUGAGUGGAUGAUUGCUGCGCAGGCGUGUUUUAUGUAUAACUUCCAGCUUGUUACACUGUAUGCUACCCUGGGAGGUCCAGCCAUUGUUCAUGGACUAAAUGAGACAGAGGUGACCAACAUCAUCACUAGCAAAGAACUUUUGCAGACCAAGCUGAAGGAUAUAGUCUCUUUGGUCCCACGUCUGCGCCAUAUCAUUACUGUUGAUAGGAAGCCUCCAACCUGGUCUGAGUUCCCCAAGGGAGUCAUUGUACACACCAUGACUGCAGUGCAGGCUCUCGGAGUGAAGGCCAACAUGGAAAACAAAGCUCACAGCAGGCCGUUGCCCUCAGACAUUGCAGUAAUCAUGUAUACAAGUGGGUCCACAGGAAUUCCAAAGGGAGUCAUGAUCUCCCACAGCAACAUCAUUGCUUCGAUAACUGGGAUGGCGAGAAGGAUCCCAAGUCUGGGAGAGGUAGAUGUAUACAUUGGCUAUUUGCCCCUGGCCCAUGUUCUAGAAUUGAGUGCUGAACUUGUAUGUCUUUCUCAUGGAUGUCGAAUUGGCUACUCUUCACCACAGACUUUAGCAGAUCAGUCUUCAAAAAUAAAAAAAGGAAGCAAAGGAGACACAUCCAUGCUGAAGCCAACCCUGAUGGCAGCUGUUCCGGAAAUCAUGGAUCGGAUCUACAAAAACGUCAUGAAUAAAGUGAAUGAAAUGAGUAGUUUCCAACGAAACUUGUUUAUUUUGGCCUAUAAUUAUAAGAUGGAACAGAUUGCCAAAGGGUGCAGUACUCCACUGUGUGACCGCUUUGUUUUCCGGAAUGUUCGAAGGCUACUGGGUGGAAAUAUUCGCCUUUUGUUGUGUGGUGGUGCUCCACUUUCUGCAACGACACAACGAUUCAUGAAUAUCUGUUUCUGCUGUCCCGUUGGUCAGGGGUAUGGACUCACGGAAUCAACAGGGGCUGGAACGAUUACAGAAGUGUGGGACUACAAUACCGGCAGAGUGGGAGCACCAUUAGUUUGCUGUGAAAUCAAAUUAAAGAACUGGGAGGAAGGUGGCUAUUUUAAUACUGAUAAACCACAUCCCAGAGGUGAAAUUCUUAUUGGUGGCCAAAAUGUGACAAUGGGGUACUACAAAAAUGAAGAGAAAACACAGACUGAUUUCUUUGAAGAUGAAAAUGGGCAGCGGUGGCUCUGCACUGGAGAUAUUGGAGAGUUUGAUCCUGAUGGUUGUCUGAAGAUUAUCGAUCGUAAAAAGGACCUGGUGAAACUACAGGCAGGAGAGUAUGUUUCUCUUGGGAAAGUAGAGGCAGCUUUGAAGAACCUCCCACUGAUAGAUAACAUUUGUGCAUAUGCAAACAGUUACCACUCUUAUGUAAUUGGAUUUGUUGUGCCAAAUCAAAAGGAACUCACGGAGCUAGCUAGAACGAAAGGAUUUAAAGGGACUUGGGAAGAGCUGUGUAACAGCAGUGAAAUGGAAAAUGAGGUUCUUAAAGUGCUUUCUGAAGCUGCUACUUCAGCAAGUCUGGAAAAGUUUGAAAUUCCAGUAAAAAUUCGUUUGAGCCCUGACCCAUGGACUCCUGAAACUGGUUUGGUGACGGAUGCCUUCAAGUUGAAACGCAAAGAACUUAAGACACAUUACCAGGCAGACAUUGAGCGGAUGUAUGGGAGGAAAUAAUUAGUUUUGGCACCAGUUUGCUAAAGCUAGCUCAGAUCAAAUAGGAAAAUACUUGAAAUGUAUGUCUCAGGCUGAGGCAAACUCCAUUCCUCAUAUUAAACCCCAGCUGUUAUUUCUCACCACAUCACCAUUUUUAACUGACAGGAUUAGUAAACUAUUAAGA